AUGGGAGUGAGAGGGGUGAAGGGUCCCAAGGGAGUAAAUGGGGUCAAGGCUACAGAGUCUAGUCAUGGUGACUCAGCUUCAAGCGGUGGUGAUGGUGGUGGGGUUGCUGGUGGGUGUGCGGGUGGUGGGGAUCGUAGUGGCAGCAGUGGCUCGGAAGGGAGCUUGGAGGCUCGUGUUUUCAGAGCAUCUGCUGCAGCCCAGCGGGCCUCUGGUGAAGGGAAGCGGGGAGUGGGAGAAAGGGAAGCAGGUGCAGGUGCAACAGCUGUCAGGGGAUUACAGAGUAGAGCAGGAGGUGCAGCGGAACGUGCAGCAGACGGAGUAGCAGUAGGAGCAGAUGCAGGAAGGGCAGUACGAGGGGCAGCAGAAGGGGCAGCAGGAGGGGUAGCAGAAGGAGCAGACACAGCCGAGACUAGAACAGAAGCAGAGAUAAGAAAAGGGUCGGAUGGAGGAGGUCACAAAACGCCGAAGAAGCAAAGGAGGGGUGAUGGAUUGAUGAAUGAACGGAUGAAGGAUGAUGAGAUGAAGGGUGGAGAAGACAAGAUGGAGAAGAGAGGGAGGGAGGAUGAGGUGGGGGGGAUGGGAGAUGGUGCACAUGGGAGAGACGGGAGGGGGCAGGAAGCAAGGGAAGGAGGAGAGGAAGGAGAGGAGAGGGAGGAGAAGGAGGGAGGAGGAGAAGCGAAGAGGGAUGAGGAGGGAAGGAAGGAGGGGCACAGGGGGCUCAUGGGAACAUCCACGGUGGGAGCAGCAAUGGCAGGAGCAGCAAUGAUGGGUACACCCCUGGCUGGAGCAGCUGUAGAGAUGGGGAGGGAGGCUUUGAGACAGAGUGAGAAGUUUAAGAGUGUGGAGGACGAGGAGUGGAGGGAAAGACAAAAGGUGCUGCAGCAGCAGGCUGAGGAGGCUCAGGCUGAGAAGAGAAGGAGGAGGGCGGAGCGCGCCGAACGUGAGAGGCAGGAACGGAUGCAGGCUCGGCAGCAGAAGCGGGUGGAGGAGGUUCGGCAGCAGCAGGAGCAGGUGGAGCGCACAACGGGCCUUAAGGAGCAGCUGAGAGCAUCAGUGCACGCUGACCUUGUCAAGCGCCUGGCGGGGUGCCGUGACUUUGCAUCGGUCCUUGAUAAGAUCGGGAUCAAAGUGGACGGCAUGCCGCAACCAUCGACUCAGCAGGUUGAAGCAUCUUUCAAGAAAGCUCUGCUUCGGUAUCACCCGGACCGUAUGGCGAGGCUCGGAGCAGGAGCGGACGUUCGCAAGCAGGUAGAGGCCGAGGAGACCUUCAAGAUGAUGCUGGAGAAGAAAAAAAAGCUCCCACUUGUUGCACCUCCUGCCCCACCUGCUGCCCCAGCUUACCCAGACUUUGGUCUGCCCAAGUAUCACAAGUUUGGCAGGAGACGUUAUUACUGCCAGCCGUUCCUCGCCGAAUCGGCGCGGCACGGCGGCUAUAUGGCGGCAAUGGCGCAGCGGUUUCCCCGCAUGUCACCGCUGCUGGCGGCAACUCAGCUUCCUCGCGUGUCCAUCGGCGAGUCGUCGUUGCGGUGUGCGCCGUUGGGGGUUACAUGCAACGGGCGAGCUGUGAAGGGUCUAUCUGGCCAGGAGCGAUCCGGCCAGGAGCGCUCCGGCCAGCAUGACACCUCUCGUGGCCUAUUAAUACGGCUUGGCUCGUUGCAACUACCGGAAAUGGCGGCGCGACUCGGAGGCGGCUUGCUAUUCGUAGCAGUCAUGUGUGUGGCGGCGGCGUGCGUUCCGACGGGCUGCGCGCAGCCUCCUCCGCCGACGAAGGCGCAGCUGCGCACGGAGAUGCAAAACAUGGCGAAGAGCAUCGUGAAGCGGUACCCGCAGUACUCGCGAUACGCGCAGGACGCCACCAAAUACAUCAACUUUGCUCUAAACUCCAAGUACGACCUGUCAGCACUGCGAGACGCGUCCAUCCUCAUUCCCAACAACGUGCAGGCAGAAGCCCUCGCUAAGAGAAUCCCCGCUAAGAGCAGCAGCAUCCCCACACUGUACAACAUCACCGCGUUCCACAUCCUGCGCCGCCGAAUGACCCUCCCGCAGAUGAGGCAGGUGAAGCUGCGGACGGCGAUAGGCACACAGCUGAGGCAGCCGCUCUUCAAGAUGACGCCAAUGGGUAACAACACUGCUGUGUCAUUUGCUAAAGGGCCGUACUUGAAGGCAGACCAGUGGACCACAAUUCGCAUCCCGGGGCUGUAUGUGGGACAAUGGUUCAUUUGUCAGAGGUCCACUGGUGAUCCCCGAUGA